AUAAACAUACAUAAAAAACAAUCAAAGUACUGUGCAUUUCAAUAUGACCACCAGUCCAGCUGAAGCUACGCCACACCAGGGCACUGUGACCGCAAACGGUACCAGUGCCGGAAACAACACCCAGACUCUCCUGCAAGAACGUGCCGCCUCCAUUGGUUGGUACUUCAUUGAAUCAUACUAUGAUUUCUACAACAAGAACAUUGAGAACAUAUACAAAUUAUACCAUCCUAAUGCUCUGAUUAGUCACGAAGCAUUCCCCAAGAGUGCUGGAGCUUCAAGCGCAAGCGUGCCUGUUGUCGAGCCAGUGGUGGUCCACCAGGCCCUGGGAGUGGAAGCAAUCAAGGCCAGAUUCCAAACUGAUGAGGAGUUGAAGCGUAAGGACAAUAGAAUUGUGGUGAUAAGUGCCGACAUCCAAGUCUGCUUACAAGAUAAGAUUUUGAUUGUGGUUACCGGUGAAUGGUCCAGAGAAGGAGGAUUGUUCUUUGGGUUCCUGCAGACUUUUUUGUUGAGUCCAGGAAGACAAGAAAAUAGUUUGGACUUAAGUAAUGACAUAUUAAGAUGGUCAUCUACCACUGGACCAAUCUCUUCUGUGACCAGCUCCGUAUCCAAGAGUUCCGCUACCGGUUCUGCUGCUAAACCAACUACUGGAUCUUCUGAGAAGAAAGUUGAAAAGGCUGAAGUUAAGACUGACAAAGUGGUUGAAAAAUCCACCAAUUUGAAGGCAACUCCUGCAGGUUCUGUUGCAUCUGAUGCACCUGCUAAAUCUAGUACCACUGGCGUAUCUACGCCAAGUUCAGGGGCCACUACUGCAUCUUCCAGUGCCCCUGUGGCUUCAACUGUUCCUUCCAAGGUCCCAGUCUCUGGAAAUGGCUCGACUUCGACAGCUACUACAGCAACUACUAUCAGUUCCAAUUCUUCAACCGCUACUCCAACCACAGGAACCCCUGUAGCUUCUGCCAAUGGAACCCCCUCAGGAAGUAUUGGUGAAGCUUCAGCCCCACCAGCACCAGUGGAAUCAUCAACAAAUGGUUCUGGUAGCGCUUCCACUACAGCCACUCCAAAUGCUUCUACCUCCACAACCUCCACUGCAACCACCCCCUCUAACAGCAGUUCAACUAGUGGGAAUACUGGUAGUGGCGGAUCACUUUCAUGGGCUGCCAACCUUGCAUCUUCAACAAAUAAAAAAUCAUCAUCAUCACCAAUUGAAACUUCAGUUUCAAUGUCGACUCAAACUUCGUCACCCACCACAACUUCUUCGAACCUUAACACUGGAUCCAAUAUAAAUGCUAAUACCCCUCUCUCUACCACAUCCGGAUCAACUAAUAAUAUCAUUUCUGGAAGUUCUUCCCUUGUCAGUACCCAUGGUGGUUCCCUUGGUCAUCAACUAGGCAAUAAUUCAACCAGUCCACCAUCAUCUCGUUAUAAAAAGGAUGAAUGGUUCCCAAUUUAUAUCCGGGGUAUUCGUGAUCCAAUUACUGAAGAUAUUCUUAAGAAACAUCUUUCCGCUAAAUUUGGACCAAUUAAAUUUCUCAAGGUUAAUAUUUAUAUUGCACUUUGUGAUUUUGUUGAUUAUGAAUCUCAACAAAAGGCUCUUGAUGCUAAAGAAACCACCGUUGCAGGUAUUACUAUCCAAUUAGAAAUCAGAGAAUCAAAGAAUAACAAUAAUGGAGGAUAUACUAAAGUUGGACCAAAGGGGCCUGCAAAGGAUAAGAAAUUAACCGAUAAGAAGAUUAAGGAGAAGAAAAAUGGUAAGAAGAAGUAGCCAUAAUAAUGAAUUUGAGUUUUUAUGAUGAAUGGAUAUAGAUAGAA